AUGAAAACUAAUCGAGCCGGUUCCAAGUUCGGCGGCGGAGGUGUAGCAUCUCACUCCGCUACCAACGCCGACCGCCGCGAACGACUCCGCAAACUCGCCCUCGAAACUAUCGAUCUUGACAAAGACCCCUACUUCUUCAAGAAUCACGUUGGCUCCUUCGAAUGUCGGCUCUGCCUCACAGUACAUCAGAAUGAUGGCUCCUAUCUCGCUCACACACAAGGUCGCAAGCAUCAGACGAACUUGGCUAGGAGAGCAGCGAGGGAGCAAAAGGAGGGGAGAGCGCAAGAUGCGAAUAUGCUAGGUGUGAACAUGGGGGUGCAGGUUCGGAGGAAUAUGGUGAAGAUUGGACGACCGGGAUAUAAGAUUACGAAGACUCGAGAUCCCUUGACUCGGCAGAUGGGUCUACUCUUCCAGCUUCAGUAUCCAGAGAUUACGCCGGGGGUGGUGCCUAGGGUCAGGUUCAUGUCGGCGUUUGAGCAGAAAGUGGAUGACCCACCGGACAAGAAUUAUCAGUACUUACUUGUGGCAGCCGAGCCGUAUGAGACUUGUGGAUUUAAGCUGCAGGCAAGAGAGGUGGAUAGAAGGGAGGGGAGGUUUUGGAGCUGGUUUGAUGAGGAUAGCAAGGAGUUCUGGGUGCAGGUGCUAUUCAAGACGGAGAGAGAGGAGAGGUAUAGUGGGGUGCCUGGUCUUGCACCUACGGCGCCGAGGCGGUAG